GGCAACAAUUUCAAUCAGAUGCAUGGCACAUGAAACACCUCCACAUUAAACCAAUGGCGUGCGUUGGUACUUGGUAGCUUGGUCUGUCGGUUGUUCUUGUAGCCUUUCCUUGUCAGUUUCAACUUCAAGUUCUUCUUUGAUUCUCUGAAAUGGAAAUAUGGACUUUUUCUCUCUGUGCCUGGUAAAUCGUGUCCACAUCUGGCUACCAUGCAUGGCAAUACCGGCCCUGCUUUCAUUGCUCAGAUGAAUUGUAAUUCAAAAGGACACUACCUGUUUGGCAUUUCCUCAUCAAACCCAGUUUGAGCUUGAGAUAAAUUCCAUAUAUACAAAUUACAAUCGAAGACAAGUUAAUGCCAAGGGCCAAAGCUGUUUCUGUGAACAAAAGUAGCUGAACAAAAAAAGUCAUUUUUGCUGUGAUACCGACUAUGGCUUCCCACCAAGAAUGCCUCUUGGAAAAUGGCACAAGCAGUGACGAGGAAGUGCAACAUGGCAGGACCGCUAGACAAUUGUCGGCUUCUGCAUUGCGCAAGAAGUCGGAUCCUACGCUGCCAAACAGUGUUCAAAAUGGACAUCUCAGGGAGUUGCUUGUUAAUCUUCAGGUUGUUCUUCUGGGGACCAAGCUUUCGGUUCUCCUUCCCACCAUUCCUCUGUCCAUUUUUGCUGUGUACUAUGGCUUUGGAAAGCCCUGGAUUUUCACUCUGAGCUUACUUGCAUUAACCUUACUUGCUGAGCGCAUCAGUUUUCUCACAGAACAAAUAUCAUACUACACUGGUCCAACAGUGGGAGGGCUCCUAAAUGCAACAUUUGGUAAUGCCACAGAGCUGAUUAUAGCAAUAUCUGCUCUAAGUCAAGGAAAAGUAGCCUUGCUCAAGUAUUCUCUCUUGGGUUCAGUUCUUUCUAACCUUCUUUUGGUCCUUGGAACCUCCCUUUUCUGUGGUGGUCUUGCUAACCUCAGAAGGGAGCAAAAAUUUGAAAGAAGACAGGCCAAUGUGAACUCUCUCCUUCUACUUCUAGGAACAUUCUGCCACACGCUCCCAAUGCUGCUUCAAUAUGCUGGGGACUCUGCUGCAACAAAAGACCAAACACUCCAAUUCUCAAGGGCCAUUAGUAUCCUAAUGCUACUUUCUUAUAUUGCAUUCAUGUUCUUCCAGUUGUGGACUCACCGCGGAUUUUUCGAAUUGCAGCAAGUAUCAGAAGUUGAUGGUGAUGAAGAUGUUGAAGAAGAAGUGGCUGAGAUAGGUUUCUGCAGUGGAUUUGCUUGGCUGUUUGCUGUCACUGCCAUCACAGCUUUGUUGUCUGAGUAUGUUGUGGGCACAAUUGAGGAUGCAUCAAAAUCUUGGGGUUUGUCUUUCAGCUUCCUCAGCCUCAUCUUGGUACCAAUUCUUGGAAAUGCAGCUGAGCAUGCAGGAUCAAUCAUUUUUGCUUUCAAGAACAAGUUGGACAUAUCAUUAGGAGUCUCUUUGGGGUCUGCAACUCAGGUCGCCAUGUUCGUGGUCCCGUGCUGCGUCGUUGUUGCUUGGAUAAUGGGCAUCAACGUGGAUCUUAACUUCAAUGUCAUUGAAACAGUGUCUCUUGCUCUAGCAGUGAUCACCACAGCCUUUGCUUUACAGGAUGGCACAUCCCAUUAUGUGAAAGGGUUGGUUCUUAUUUUCUGCUACAUUGUUAUUGGAAUCUGCUUCUUUGUAUUCGAAACGCCGGUUGACCAAACAGCAUCAACUUGAGGCUAAAUCACCAACUAUGAAAGCAGUUUUCAGAGCUUAAAAUAGUGGGCAGGUAAUAAGUUAUCUCUUCUGUGCUCUAUGAUUUGUGGUCCUGUGGAUAUAGCCAGAGGUUUAUGGUAGUUACCUUUGCAUUGCGAUUGGGAUUGGACAGUUAUAGCCAGAGGUUUAUGGUAGUUACCUUUGCAUUGCAAUUGGGAUUGGACAGUUAUAGCCACAUGGUAGUUACCUUUGCAUUGCGAUUGGGAUUGGACAGUUAUAGCCAGAGGUUUAUGGUAGUUAACCAACAUAACAACAGCCAUCUUCAGCUGCGCUUCGACUCGAGCGCGCCUUAUGAUAUUUUCUCCUUUUUGUUCCGGCCACGGCGUCGUUUUGCAUGUUUAUUAUUUGCACCAUAUUUCCUCU